CCGUGUAUAAUAGCGCUUCCCUCCCGGCUGCAAACACACAGAGACUGGUAUACAGCACAUCACACACUUCCCACCUGCGGCUGCUGCUCUGAUGACAGACACCAAACUCGGAACCUCCAGGAUGCAUCUGUUGUUCGUGCUUCCCUUGGUGAUCGAGGUCCAGUCCAUCUCCAUGAUCCACAACUUCACCUACAACUGCACCUGCCACCUGGAGCUCAAAAUCGCCAACUGCACCAGCAGCAAUUUCACCCACCUGCCCACUACGCUUCCACCCUUCACCGAACAACUGGACCUGUCCCUCAACCACCUGAGUGCCAUCCAUCCCCAAGCCUUCCACAGCAUACGAAGACUUCGCGUCCUGCUCCUGAACGACAACAUGAUCGCUAUGCUAGCCGACGGAGCGUUCUCUCUUCUAGAAGGACUGCUGAAGUUGGACCUGAGCCGAAACCGAAUCUCAUUCCUGAGUGAAGGAUUUUCACUGGGUCUCGGUUCCCUUCGAGAUCUGUCACUGGCUGAGAACCGAUUGGCCAGCUUGGACAGCAGUUGUUUUUUCCACUUUGACGCCCUCCAAAGACUCAACCUCAGCCAUAAUGCUAUAGAGACCAUCAAGAUAAGGGCGUUUGGGUCCAUGAGUACCCUACGCCAGCUACAACUCAACUCGAACAAUUUAACGGUUCUCAAAAAUGGCAUCUUCUCCAUGUUACGAAACCUCGAAGUCUUGAAUUUACAUCACAACCAGAUGCACUACUUGGACGUCGGCGUGCUUUCGCCAUUGACCAGUCUCGCUCUACUGGACCUCACCAACAACAACCUCUCCACGAUUCAGUUCAAGACCUUCCUGAGUCUCAACACAUACAGCACUCACAUAAUGCUCCAAGGAAACCCAUGGGAUUGUGACUGCGAUCUGCAGCGAGUCUUCCAGAAGCUCUGUAACGUCAAGCGGCUGUUCCUGGAUGACUACGACAACCUCACCUGCGUGAACUUGGACGAAAGUCACAGAAACUACACAAUGAAAGAGGAGUUCUGCACUGCAGAGAUGGUUACUGUCCUGGUCAUCACCAUGACGGUGGUCAUCACUGUUGUGGCUGCCAUCGUCAUGGCGGAGAAGAAAAGGAAAAAGAAGAACAAAGAGAAGCAUUGGACGGAAGUUGGCGAGUUGGCGUGUGCAUCGCAAGACUGAACCAAUGGCGAUAAUGCAAAAAGGAACAUUAAUCUUGCAUGAUAUUGUAUAUAUAUUCAGGGUUUCUGAAGAUAAAUUUAAGACUUUUUAAGCCCAAGUAAAGAAUACAUCACAAUAAAUGCUCCCUAAAUAUAAAUAUCUUGUAUUCGCAACACUUC